AUGGGCAAAUCAAGGAAAUCAAAGACAAAUGUUACUGCUGUCUCCAAACAAAACGCCAAAGACCAAGAAACUCAGAGAUUUGAAGAAGCACAACAAAUUCUGAACACACCCAAUGUGGUAACCUGCGUCAAGAAAGCUGAAGAACUGUCAAGAACUACUGGAGGUGAGAACAAGAGGUCUAUUUCUUACAUUCCUUAUGGAAGGUUACUCUCAGAUAUCUUCACUCAUAAUCGACUAGUCAAGGCUCUUUUUGAUCUGGGACUUCAUGAUGAUUUGGCUAUGACCAUUGGAGAUCCUCUCAAUGGGACUAAGCUGAAGAGAAUGCUGAUUAUUGAGAAAGUUCAGAUUGAACCUAAAGAAGACACAUCUGAAGAGAUUCGUCAGAAGAACUACCCUGUUAAUGACUUUCCUCUAUGUCCUCCUGAAAUGCCAACAAGGAGAGCCAAGAGAACAAUCAGCAAGCCUUCAGAUCCCAAAGGCAAAGGGAUUCUGAUAGAGAAGACCAAGAAGAUAAAGGCUGCAUCUAAGUCAGUAGUCUUCAGGGAACCAGUUCCAGAACCCUCUCCUGAAAGAACUCCAGAAGAGUCAUAUGAGGAAUCUCAAUCUGAUGAUUCUGAAAGCUCUAUGGAUUCUUCCUCUGGAAACCAAGAAGAAGAAGUUCCACCUAGAAAGAAUGUCAAGAGGAAAGCAAUUAUUGAAGAAUCAUCUGAUGAGGAAACCGAAGAUGAUGUUCCUCUGGUAAAAAGGCAAAGAAUUCAAACAGCUCAAGAUGAAGAAGAUGUUGAGCAGGAUGACUGUGAGAUCAUUGAGAAUGUGCUCCAAGUCAUAAGGGAAUCAGAAGAAGCUGAAGAUUCAACUGAUUCAGAUGUCGAGCCCAUAGGCAAGAGGCUGAAACUGCCUCUGAAGGGUCCACUUCAGAAGAAGGAGUCAGGACCACAGCAAACAUCUGAAAAGAUCUCUGAAGUACAAAGAGAAAGGAGAUCAAAGACAGCUUCAGAUCCUGCAAGGACUGCCAGACCCACCAGAUUCAUCCCUCUCAGUGAAUCAAUGAACUCACGAGAUCUGAGUUUUACCUCUCCUGAGAAGACUGCUACCUCCAAGCAAAGGCAAGUGACGAUCUCUGAAGCUGAGCAUAUGGAUGAGUCUGACCAUUCAGGAAUAGAGAAGAACCAUGAGAUUGAUUCUACUCCUUCAGGACAACCCAGAACUCACAGUUCCAAUGCUUCAAGCUCAAAUGCAACCAGAACUCCUCAGCCCGUCCGGACCUUGGCAACCUCCUUCCGACCUCAAAAUCUCAUUCAACUCAUUCAAGAGUUCUCUGAAGAGGCAACCAGAAGAUUGAAAUGGUUAUAUCAGGUAACUGAUAAUCAGUUUGAUGCUUCAUUUGUUGAUGGUCUGUGGUCUCUUCGGAAGAUGGUCAGAAAGCAGAGCUUAUGA